GUUGCCAGCAGGUGGCAGUAGCAGUGGCAGUGCCAGCCUUGUCGUGGAACCGUGCUAACCUCUCAAAGUCGUGAAGUCAAUAAACACACGAGUGAUUUUCUGUUUUUGAAUGUAGCUAAGACGUGUAAGUGAAGUGCUAGUAUUUCCUUGAAUUGCUGUGAAAAAGCUUGGAUUCCAAUUACCGGGCCAGCACAAGAAGCACAAGAUCAGAGUGAGCGAAUUUAGUGUACCCGAGCCCUUCACGACCAUCUCCAUUCUACCACCAUAAACACCGUCUGCAUUCUCCACCAUCACCAUGCCCUUCCGGUGCGACGUUUGCCAUUACGAAGUUAGUUAUCGGAGCCAACUUGACAUCCACAUGAGGAAACACACUGGAGAGAAACCUUUUGAGUGUAUUGUGUGCAGCAAGACAUUUUCUCAAAGUUUUGAUCUUUCUAAACAUCUUCGAAGGCACACUGGCGAAAAGCCUUUUAAGUGUACUGUGUGCAACAAGAAAUAUUCAAAAAGUGCCAAUCUGCGUAAACAUAUCCGAACGCACACUGGAGAAAAACCUUAUGAAUGUACUGUGUGCAACAAGAAAUUAUCGUCAAGGUCUCAUCUUAGUAAACAUCUCCGAACGCACACUGGAGUAAAGCCUUUUGAGUGUACUGUGUGCAACAAGAAAUUUGCGCAGACUUCCCAUCUGCAUAACCAUCUCCGAACACACACUGGAGAGAAGCCCUUUGAGUGUACUCUGUGCAACAAGAAAUUCUCGGAGAGUGGCAACCUUCGCACGCAUCUACGAACGCACACUGGAGAGAAGCCAUUUGAGUGUGCUGUGUGCUGCAAGACAUUUUCUCAAAGUUCUCAUCUUUCUGUACAUCUUCGAACGCACUCUGGAGUAAAGUCUUUUGAGUGUACUGUGUGCAACAAGAAAUAUUCAGGGAGUAGCAGUCUGCAAAGACAUAUGCGAACGCACACUGGGGAGAAGCCUUUUGAGUGUACUGUGUGCAACAAGAAAUUUUCAAUGAGUGGCAGUCUGCGUGAUCAUCUCCGAACGCACACUGGAGAGAAGCCUUUUGAGUGUACUUUGUGCAACAAGAAAUUUGCCCAUUCCAGUAGCCUGCGCUACCAUUUUCAAAUGCACAUUAGAAAGAAGCACCUUGAUUGUACGUAGUUCAGUGAUCUUUGACAGGAUGUGGACUACGAAGGCAAACGUCCUGGCGGGUGAUGCUGUUAUUCUAUAGGACGUCCCUUGGAUUGUUUAUCUGUGAUCCACAAAAGGGGUUGCGGUUUAUCCAAAUCUCAACUAUUUAACUUCGCUUUCGUAUUUUUAACUUAACUAUUUGAACUAAGUUUUGU